GUCAUCAAACUUGCCUUUGAAGAGUUCGAGUUGGAAAGAGGGUAUGACACCCUGACAGUCGGGGAUGCCGGCAAGGUGGGGGACACCAGAUCCGUCUUGUAUGUACUCACGGGAUCCAGUGUUCCUGACCUCAUUGUGAGCCUCAGCAACCAGAUGUGGCUGCACCUGCAGUCUGACGACAGCAUCGGCUCACUUGGCUUCAAAGCUGUUUACCAAGAAAUUGAGAAGGGAGGGUGUGACGAUCCUGGCAUCCCAGCCUACGGGAAGAGGACAGGCAGCAGCUUCCUCCACGGGGACACACUCACUUUCGAGUGCCAGGCGGCCUUUGAGCUGGUGGGGGAGAGAGUGAUCACCUGCCAGCAGAACAACCAGUGGUCGGGCAAUAAGCCGAGCUGUGUGUUUUCAUGUUUCUUCAACUUUACGACAUCAUCUGGGAUUAUUCUGUCACCAAAUUACCCAGAGGAAUAUGGUAACAACAUGAACUGUGUUUGGUUGAUCAUAUCUGAGCCUGGAAGUAGAAUUCACCUCAUCUUCAACGAUUUUGAUGUGGAGCCCCAGUUUGACUUCUUGGUGGUCAAAGAUGAUGGGAUUUCUGAUAUAACCGUCCUUGGCACUUUCUCUGGCAAUGAAGUGCCAGCCCAGCUGGCCAGCAGUGGGCACAUAGUGCGCCUAGAGUUUCAGUCAGAUCACUCGACGACUGGCAGAGGAUUCAACAUCACCUACACGACAUUUGGUCAAAAUGAGUGUCACGAUCCCGGCAUUCCUAUAAAUGGGCGGCGUUUUGGAGACAGGUUUCUGCUUGGGAGUUCUGUUUCUUUCCACUGUGAUGAUGGAUUUGUCAAAACCCAAGGAUCUGAGUCUGUCACCUGCAUCCUGCAGGAUGGGAAUGUGGUCUGGAGCUCCACCGUCCCUCGCUGUGAAGCCCCGUGUGGUGGACAUCUGACAGCUUCUAGUGGAGUCAUUUUGCCUCCUGGCUGGCCGGGAUAUUACAAAGAUUCUUUAAAUUGUGAAUGGACCAUUGAAGCAGAGUCAGGACAUUCUAUCAAAAUCACAUUCGAUCGAUUCCAAACAGAAGUCAAUUAUGACACUCUGGAAGUCAGGGACGGACCAGCCAGCUCCUCCCCGCUGAUCGGCGAGUACCAUGGCACCCAGGCGCCACAGUUCCUCAUCAGCACGGGGAAGCACAUGUACCUGCUCUUCACCACAGACAGCAGCCGCUCCAGUGUUGGCUUCCUCAUCCACUAUGAGAGUGUGACUCUUGAGUCAGACUCCUGCCUUGACCCAGGCAUCCCAGUGAACGGCCAUCGGCACGGUAGUAACUUUGGCAUCAGGUCCACAGUGACAUUCAGCUGUGACCCUGGAUACACCCUGAGUGAUGACGAGCCCCUCCUCUGUGAAAGAAGCCACCAAUGGAACCAUGCACUGCCCAGCUGUGAUGCUCUAUGUGGAGGUUACAUCCAUGGUAAGAGUGGGACGGUUCUUUCUCCUGGGUUUCCAGACUUUUAUCCAAACUCUCUAAACUGUACCUGGACCAUCGAAGUAUCUCACGGAAAAGGAGUCCAGAUGAUCUUUCACACCUUUCACCUGGAGAGUUCCCAUGACUACUUACUGAUCGCAGAGGAUGGAAGCUUUACUGAGCCAGUGGCCAGGCUCACUGGGUCUGUGCUGCCUCACACCAUCAAGGCUGGAUUAUUUGGAAACUUCACUGCUCAGCUUCGCUUCAUAUCAGACUUUUCCAUUUCCUAUGAGGGCUUCAACAUCACCUUUUCAGAAUAUGACCUGGAGCCCUGUGAUGACCCUGGUGUCCCUGCCUUCAGCCGCAGGAUCGGGUUCCGCUUUGCUGUGGGCGACUCUCUGGCCUUCUCCUGCUUCCCGGGGUACCGCCUAGAGGGUGCGACCGAGCUUACGUGCCUGGGUGGGGGCCGCCGUGUGUGGAGUGCACCUCUGCCAAGGUGUGUGGCUGAAUGUGGAGCAAGUGUCAAAGGCAACGAGGGAACCCUCCUGUCUCCAAAUUUCCCAUCUAACUAUGAAAAUAACCAUGAGUGUAUCUACAAAAUAGAAACAGAAGCCGGCAAAGGGAUCCACCUCCAAGCCCGGAGUUUCCAGCUGUUUGAAGGGGACACUCUGAAGGUUUAUGAUGGGAAAGACAGCUCAUCGCGUCCCCUGGGAGCCUUCACUGGGAACGAGCUCAUGGGGCUCACCCUCAACAGCACCUCCAACCACCUGUGGCUGGAAUUCAACACCAAUGGCUCCGACACGGACCAAGGCUUCGAGCUCACCUACACCAGCUUUGACCUAGUGAAAUGCGAGGAUCCUGGCACCCCUAACUAUGGCUACAGGAUCCGCGACGAGGGCCACUUCACAGACACCGUGGUGCUAUACAGCUGCAACCCCGGCUAUGCUAUGCACGGCAGCAGCGCCCUGACCUGUCUGAGCGGGGACCGCAGGGUGUGGGACAAACCUGUGCCCUCCUGUGUGGCCGAAUGCGGAGGUCGGAUUCAUGCUGCCACAUCAGGACGGAUCCUGUCCCCUGGCUACCCAGCCCCUUAUGACAACAACCUGCACUGCACUUGGAUUGUGGAGGCUGACCCAGGAAGGACCAUCAGCCUUCAUUUCAUUGUGUUUGACACUGAGAUGGCUCACGACAUCCUCAAGGUGUGGGACGGUCUCCUGGACAGUAAUGUCCUGCUGAAGGAGUGGAGCGGCUCGGCGCUGCCCGAGGACAUCCACAGCACCUUCAACGCACUCACCCUGCAGUUCGACAGCGACUUCUUCAUCAGCAAGUCCGGCUUCUCCAUCCAGUUCUCCACCUCGGUUGCCUCCACCUGCAAUGAUCCAGGGACAAUGCAGAACGGUACCCGCUAUGGUGACAGCCGGGAGCCUGGAGACACCAUCACGUUCCAGUGUGACCCUGGGUAUCAGCUCCAAGGCCAAGCCAAGAUCACCUGUGUGCAACUCAACAACCGCUUCUUCUGGCAGCCAGACCCUCCUACGUGCAUAGCCGCGUGUGGAGGGAAUCUCACGGGUCCAGCAGGAGUCAUUUUAUCCCCUAACUACCCACAGCCGUACCCUCCUGGGAAAGAGUGCGACUGGAGAAUCAAGGUGAACCCGGACUUUGUCGUUGCCCUGAUCUUCAAAAGUUUCAAUAUGGAGCCCAGCUAUGACUUCCUACACAUCUACGAAGGGGAGGACUCCAACAGCCCUCUAAUUGGGAGUUUCCAGGGCUCCCAAGCUCCAGAAAGAAUCGAGAGCAGUGGAAAUCGCCUUUUCCUGGCAUUUCGGAGUGAUGCUUCUGUGGGCUUAUCGGGGUUCGCCAUUGAAUUUAAAGAGAAACCCCGGGAAGCUUGCUUUGACCCUGGGAACAUAAUGAACGGGACAAGGAUUGGAAUGGACUUCAAAUUGGGCUCCACGGUCACCUACCAGUGUGACUCUGGCUACAAGAUCGAGGACCCUUCUUCCAUCACAUGUGUCAUCGGGGCCGAUGGGAAGCCCUCCUGGAGCCACAUGCUGCCCACCUGCAAUGCUCCCUGUGGAGGCCAGUACACGGGAUCCGAAGGGGUUGUUUUAUCUCCCAACUACCCACACAACUACACCGCUGGCCAGAUAUGCCUCUACUCCAUAACCGUGCCAAAGGAAUUUGUGGUGUUUGGGCAGUUCGCCUACUUCCAGACUGCGCUGAGUGACCUGGCUGAGUUGUUUGAUGGAGCGCACCCUCAGGCCAGGCUCCUGAGUUCCCUCUCGGGCUCUCAUUCAGGUGAAACAUUGCCUCUCGCAACAUCCAAUCAAAUUCUGCUCCGUUUCAGCGCCAAGAGUGGGGCGUCCGCCAGGGGGUUCCACUUCGUCUACCAAGCUGUUCCUCGUACCAGUGACACCCAGUGCAGCUCUGUCCCUGAGCCCAGAUACGGAAGAAGAAUUGGUUCUGAGUUCUCGGCAGGUUCGAUUGUUCGAUUUGAGUGUAACCCAGGAUACCUGCUCCAAGGCUCCACAGCCAUCCGCUGUCAGUCUGUGCCCAAUGCCCUGGCCCAGUGGAAUGACACCAUCCCAAGCUGUGUAGUUCCCUGCAGUGGCAAUUUCACUCAGCGAAGAGGUACAAUUCUGUCCCCUGGCUACCCUGAGCCAUAUGGCAACAACCUGAACUGUGUGUGGAAGAUUGUAGUCACGGAGGGCUCAGGAAUUCAGAUUCAAGUGAUCAGCUUUGCCACGGAGCAGAACUGGGACUCACUGGAAAUUCAUGAUGGUGCAGAUGCCACGGCCCCGAGGCUGGGAAGCUUCUCAGGUACCACGGUGCCUGCCCUACUGAACAGCACAUCCAACCAGCUCUACCUGCAUUUUCAGUCCGAUAUCAGCGUGGCGGCUGCCGGCUUUCACCUGGAAUACAAAACGGUGGGUCUUGCUGCAUGCCAGGAGCCCGCCCUGCCCAGCAACUGCAUCAAACUGGGAGACCGGUACAUGGUGAAUGACGUGCUUUCCUUCCAGUGCGAGCCGGGGUACACCUUGCAGGGCCGUUCCCACAUAUCCUGUAUGCCAGGAACUGUGCGUCGCUGGAACUACCCGUCUCCCCUGUGCACUGCCACCUGUGGAGGGACACUGACCAGCCUGGGUGGAGUGAUCUUGAGCCCCGGGUUUCCUGGCUCAUACCCCAACAACUUGGACUGCACCUGGAAGAUCUCACUGCCCAUUGGCUACGGUGCACAUAUUCAGUUUCUGAAUUUCUCUACCGAAGCUAACCACGACUACCUUGAGGUUCAGAAUGGCCCUUACCACACCAGCCCCAUGAUCGGGCAGUUCAGUGGCACAGAUCUGCCCUGGUCAUUGCUGAGUACCACACACGAAACGCUCAUUCGCUUCUACAGCGACCACUCGCAAAACCGGCAAGGAUUCAAACUUACUUACCAAGCCUAUGAGUUACAGAACUGCCCAGACCCGCCCCCGUUCCAGAACGGGUACGUGAUCAACUCGGACUACAGCGUGGGGCAGUCCAUCUCCUUCGAGUGCUACCCGGGGUACAUCUUGCUUGGCCACCCUGUGCUCACGUGCAAGCAUGGCACCGACAGAAACUGGAACUUCCCUUUCCCACAGUGUGACGCUCCUUGUGGGUACAAUGUGACAUCCCAGAAUGGCACCAUCUACUCCCCUGGGUUCCCAGACGAGUACCCGAUUCUGAAGGACUGCGUUUGGCUCAUCACGGUUCCUCUGGGGCACGGAGUGUAUAUCAACUUCUCUCUGCUGCAGACGGAAGCUGUGAACGAUUACAUUGCCGUCUGGGAUGGUCCUGACCAGAAUUCACCUCAGCUCGGGGUCUUCAGUGGAAACACGGCACUGGAAACGGCUUACAGUUCUACCAACCAGGUCCUGAUCAAGUUCCACAGCGACUUUUCCAAUGGAGGCUUCUUUGUCCUCAAUUUUCAUGCAUUUCAGCUGAAGAGGUGCCCACCUCCUCCCACAGUCCCCCAGGCCGACCUGCUUGCUGAGGACGAGGACUUUGAAAUAGGAGACUUUGUGAAGUACCAGUGCCACCCUGGGUAUACCAUGUCAGGGAGUGACACGCUGACCUGCAAACUCAGCUCCCAGCUGCAGUUCGAAGGCUCUCCCCCAGCCUGUGAAGCCCAGUGCCCCGCAAAUGAAGUCCGGACCGCAUCUUCUGGAGUCAUCCUCAGUCCAGGGUACCCAGGCAACUACUUUAACUCCCAGACCUGCUCCUGGAGUGUUAAAGUGGAGCCACACUUUAACAUUACUAUCUUUGUGGACACAUUCCAAAGUGAGAAGCAAUUCGACACACUGGAAAUAUUUGAUGGUUCUUCCGGGCAAAGUCCAUUGUUAGUUAUCUUAAGUGGGAACCACACUGAACAGUCAAAUUUCACCAGCAAGGGUAAUCAGCUAUACCUCCGCUGGUCCACUGACCACGCAACCAGCAAAAAAGGAUUCAGGAUUCGUUACGCAGCCCCUUACUGCAGCCUGACUCCCACACUGCGAAACGGCGGGGUGUUCAACAGGACGACAGGAGCAGUGGGAAGCACGGUGCAUUACUUCUGCAAGCCUGGUUAUCGGAUGAUUGGCCACAGCAAUGCCACCUGCCGGAGGGACCCUGUUGGCAUGUAUCAGUGGGACUCCCUCGCACCUCUCUGCCAGGCUGUGUCCUGUGGAAUCCCAGAGGCCCCAGGAAAUGGCUCCUUUACAGGCAAUGAGUUCACUUUGGACAGUAAAGUGACUUAUGAAUGUAAUGAAGGGUUCAAGCUAGAAGCCAAUCAACAAGCAACCGCAGUGUGUCAGGAGGAUGGGCUGUGGAACAACAGAGGGAAUCCACCUGCCUGCAGACGUCUCUCUCUGGUGAUGAUUGACAUCGCCAGAGAGCUUCAGAGAAGCAUCAACGUGCAGGACUGA